AUGGAUCAAGGAGGACGUAGCAGUGGCGGAGGAGGAGGAGCCGAGCAAGGGAAGUUCCGGGGAGUAAGGAGGCGGCCUUGGGGAAAAUAUGCAGCGGAAAUAAGAGAUUCGAGAAAGCACGGGGAGCGUGUGUGGCUGGGGACGUUUGACACCGCGGAAGACGCGGCUCGAGCCUAUGACCGAGCCGCCUAUUCAAUGAGAGGCCAAGCCGCCAUUCUCAACUUCCCUCAUGAGUAUAAUAUGGGAAGCGCAUCUUCCUCCAACUCUGCAGGCGCCGCGGCAAACUCUUCCUCCUCGAGGCAAGUUUUUGAGUUUGAGUACUUGGACGAUAGUGUUUUGGAGGAACUUCUUGAAUAUGGAGAGAACUACAACAAGCAUAAUAACAUUAACAUGGGUAAGAGGCAAUAA